UAUUUUUGCUGUUUACCUCCUUUAUUUUCAUCAUGCCCCUUUCGGGUUCUUCCCCUAGGUCAGACGAUACGUACAGCGAUCGGGACUCUCAACGAUAGAGAUGGGUCCAGCAAGAAAGCCAUCGCCAAGUUCAUAGAACAAGCCUAUCCGCGCCUUCCUUCAACUCACCCCGCCUUGCUGACUCAGCAUUCGAAUCGCUUGAAGACCAGUGGUCGUCUUGUUAUGGUCAAGAAAUCUUACAUGCUCCCUAAAUCCGAUGCCUCCCCUUCUGCCGCCCAGAGAAGACGGGGUCGGCCCCCCAAGCGCAAGCCCAACGCGGACCUGCUGCCUCAGCCUGGCGUUCGACAAAACGCCAACCCUGUGUUCUUUGCGCUUGGUCUUGAAGAUGAGCCCGCAAACCCUGAGGUGAUAAGAAAGGGUCCCGGUCGUCCACCGAACGCUGGCACGAACAUAGUGGACCAGCCUGGGCCGUCUGCGAGGAGGGGGCGACCGCCUGGGUCGAAAAGACCUGGGCGUCCUCCCAAGCGCAAAUCUGAGUCGGCCUUUUCUAAUGGGACCAAAAGGCGUCCUGGCCGCCCUCCUAAAAAUGAAACGAACGUAAGGGCCAUCCCUUUUGCUCCUCCCGGUCCCGCUGUACCCGCCGAAACCGUAACUGCUAGCAUUGGUACCUCGGUGCCGCCAGAUGCUAGCUUACCAAGUAUAUCUCCAAGAGGUCGAGGAAGACCAAAGAAGAGUGCAGCUGCAGUGCCACCACAAGCUGUUGGACAUGGUAGUGGUGGUAGCGGCCAUGGGCGCAGCCCAGGUGGGGGACUUUUGCCGGGACGGCCUCCUCCGACUGUUGCAGGGGUUAGAAGACCCAAAGAUCCCGCGUUAAAAUCUGUCGGCCGGCCAAAGAAGGGAACAUUUGUUGAGCAUGAGUUGAGGAGGAAACUUGAAUAUUUUCAAUUAAAAGUCAAUGAAUCUCUUGGUUCGAUCAAGCCCCAUUUUAACAUUGCGAGUCCAGUCAGUGCAAUUGCAGCAAUUCAAGAAUUAGAGGGACUAGCAACAAUGGACCUUAAUGUGCCAUUAAGAAAUGAAACUCAGGAACUGUUGCCACAGCAAUAGCGAGUCUGUCAUCCACAGAUAUCCACUGCAAUUACUGUAGAUGCCAUCGAAGCAUUUAAUUUAAACGCAGUGAUUAUUUCCACCAUAUGAAUCUGGUUCAAGUUAGGAAGAUGUGCAUGAGCCCCAAAUUGAUGUUGAACAAUUCGCAUAAGUGUUUUCGAGAAGACGCAUGAGGUAUGCUUGAUUUGGAUGAAACAUUGGUUUGUGCAUAUGAGACGUCAAGUUUACCAGCCACACUUCGUUCUCAAGCAAUAGAAGCUGGUUUGAAUUGUUUUGAACUGGAAUGUAUAUCUUCAAAUAAGGUGUAUUACUUGAUAUCUUGCAUUGGCCUGUUUAGAGCUGAAUAUUAUGAAUUUACUUGAGCAUGUUGAACUUUUAAGGAAGGAGAUGGAAAACCAAAUGUCAAUUAUGUUACGGUUUUUGAACGUCCUAGUUUGAAGGAAUUCUUAAGGCAACUUAGUGUAUUUGCUGACUUGGUGCUAUUCACUGCUGGUCUUGAAGGUUUGCAUCAUAGUUUGAGCUGCUCACGUGCUUCUUCUUCCUUUUCCUGGGAGUUUUUACCAUUUUGCAAAAUAAUAUUCAUCUAUUUAUUCUCACUGUUUAUGCUAGACCCCUUGUUGACAGAUUAGACAUGAAAAACUGGUUUAUUCUACGACUUUAUAGACCCUCAAAAAACUAGCACGUAAAUGUUUCUACCUUGCUUUUCAUUCAGAAUUCGACGUCUACCUGAUUAGUUGUCAUAGGGUCAUGGAUCAUAAGGAAUUAGAAGUUCAACUAUAUGAAGUGAUGGCUGAUUGAAAGUAGUCUCAAAUUGGUUAUGAAUGUGUGAUUCGAACCACCGUGGCAGAGUUGUACAGCUCAUCAUUUUUAAACAAAUCUUCGAGAGAAUGAUUCUUUACUUUCAUUAUAUUACUUGCUACAAUCUAUGCAGAUGCGGUGAGCAACAAUCCUGAACAUCUAAACCUUUAAACCCUGGACUCUAAAACCCAAAAACCAUAAACCCUAAAUCUUAAACCCCAAAACCAUCAAAACCCCCAACCCCUAACUCCUAAACCCUAACCCCUUACCCUUAAAACUCUAAACCUUGAACCUUUAAAUCCUAAACCCGAAAUCCUUGAACACAUGAACACUUAAACCUUUAACCCUAAACCCUAAAAAAAAUCCUAAACCCCUAAAUCCCAAACCCUUAAAUCCUAAACCCUAAACCCCUAAAUCCCAAACACUUAAAUCCUAAACCCUAAACCCCCAAACCCUAAGCCAUUAAAACAUCAAACACUUAAACCCCCAAACCCUAAAAAAACCUUAAAUCCCCAAACCAACCUUGAAACCCGAACCUCGAACCUUAAAACCCUAAAACCCUAAACUCUUAAACCAUCUAAACCACAACUUGAAACCUCGAACUGCCGACUUCGAAAACCUGAACCCCAAAAACCAAACCCAAACCCCAACCCUAAAACACUAUAACCUAAAACCUUAAACCCUAAACCUUAACCCUGUGAAAGCCGAACCCCAAACCCUUAAACCAUAAAGCCUAAACCCCAAACACCUAAACCCUAAACCUUUUAAAAAAACCCUAAACCCCUUAACCCUAAACCACAAUCCCUUAAACUCUAAACCCCGAACCCUAAAAUCGUAAAACCAUAAACCCCUAAACCAUCAAAACCCUGAACACCUAAACCCUUAAACCCUAAUAAAAAAACCCUAAAUCCCUAAACCUUGAACUCUAAAAAUGUAAAACCAUAAACUGCUAAAUCAUCAAAACCCCAAACACCUAAACCCCUAGCUCCUACCCCCCCAACCCUCAAACCCCAACCCUAAACCCUUAAACCUUAAAAAAAAACAACCCUAAACCCUAAACCCAAACCCUUAAACCAUAAACUCUUAACCUCGAACACCUAAACCCUAAUCUUAAACCCCACAUGCCUAAACCCUAAACCCCGAACACCGAACCUUAAAAACGAAAAACCAUAAACCCCUAAACCAUUAAAACCUCGAACACCUAAAACCCUAAAUCCCUAAACCAUCAAAACCCCAACUUGAAACCCCAAAUCCUUGACCUCAAAAACCUAAACCCCAAAACCAAAACCUCCAACCGUAAAACUCUAAAAUCUAAAACCCUAAACCCUAAACCUUAACCCCUAAACACCGAAUCCCAAACCCCUAAACCCUAAACCUUAACCCCUAAACACCGAAUCCCAAACCCCUAAACCCUAAACCAUCAAGCCUAAACCCUAAACCUUAAACCCUUAUAAAAAAAAACCUAAACCAUUUAAUCCUAAACCCCAAACCCCUAAACGUUAAACCCCGAACCCUAAAAAGUCAAACCAUAACUCCCUAAACCAUUAAAACCUCAAACACCUAAACCCCUAAACUCUAAACUCUAAACUCUUAAACCUUAAACCCUAAACCUUGAAACCUAAGCCCAAAACUUCAAACCCUAAGCCCCUAAACCAUCAAAACCUCGAACCUUAAAAAUCAAACCCCCAAACCUCAACCACCAACACUAAAACCCUAAAACCUAAAACCCUAAUCCCUAAACUCUAACCCCCUGAACCUCGAACCCUGAAACCCAAAACAUCGAACCCCGAAACCAUCAACCCUCAACCUUAAACCUUAAAAAAAAAAAACCUUAAACCCAACCCCUAACCCCAACCACAAACCCCUAAACCCCAAGCCUGAAACCUCGAACAUCGAACCUCAAAACCCAAAACCCCUUGAACCCUAACUCUUAAUCCCCAACCCCAAACCCUACCUAAAAACCCUAACCCCCGAACCCCCGAAACCUGAAACUCUAAACCAUAAAAAAAGCCCUAAACCUUGAACCUUGUAACUCAAACCCCGAACCCUAAAACUCUAUCGGUUGGCUAGAAUAAGCUUAAAAAAUCUUAGAGCUUAGCUUGAGAGUUUAGAAAUUCUCUACUUCUAGCAACCUGAACAAGCUUCAAGAAAUCUAAGCAAUGGGCUUAGUCCAAAUUCUAGAAUUUUUUUCUCAUUAUUAACAAAAUUCAAAAAUCUUAAUUUUUUAAGAUAUAAAUUGGAAUUGAAUAAAAAAGAAAAGUAAAAUAAAAUAAUAUUUAAUAAUUAAGUCAUUUGAUUAAACCUGAAUAAGUCCAAAAGCUUGAGAUGUUAGAGUCAGGUUUAGCUAUACGAGUUUUUUUAUAUGUUCGAAUAUUUUAAACUGGAUCUAAAUAAGUUAAGCUUGCUUAAAUUACCCACUCUAAUUAAAAAUAACUAAAACUAAUUUUUGAAGGAUGUAAUCAUGCACUCCAUGAUUUACCAGCUCGUCUUUAGCUAAAUGGUUGAGAAAUGGUAGUGUGUACGUCGAGCUGUAGCUUGAUGCCGGUUUUUUUUUUUUCUCUCUCUCUCUCUCUCUCUCUCUUGUGGCAACUUUCCCAUUAACUCAAGAAUGUUAUUUCCAUCUUUUUCCCUUACAUUUUAUUAUGAACAUGAUCCAAAGCUAGCCACUAAAUUUCUUGACUCCAAAUUUGCAUGAACCCUAAGUGUGGAAUUUAAAAAUAAUCAAGAUCAAGCAAAUAUGUGUAUAGAUAUAGCUAACUACCUAACUCUUAGUUAAGGUUAAUAAAUAUUGGGGGUCAAAAAGAAUUGUUGAGCAUAUUUUAUAUAAUAUAAAAAUAAUCCUUGCUAACUUGUUGAGAACACAUACAGAUUCAAACUCAAGGAAUAAUUAUUGUCUAAAUAAUUGCAAUAAUAAUUAGAAUAAUAAGAAUGAGGUAGAUUAAGUAUCUUGAAAAGAACUAAGAAACUACAUUUAUAUCAUUAUUCUUUAACUUGACUUGGUGUCUGUGAGUGAUGAAGUAAUUUAAGGACAACUUGUAAAUUUAUUGUAUUUUAAUGAAGUAAAAAACAAAACACACACACUUUAUUUUAUAUUAAAAUAAAAAAUGAAGAAAAAAUAAAACAAAAAAAAGUUAUUAGAGUACAUUGAUAUGUAUGAAUAUUAAUUCUUGUUAGAAUAUAAAAAGAAUAAUUGUAAAUAUAUAUACUCAAUCCAUCAAAAUACAGCUCGCGUAGGCUGGCCCAUGGGCUGACUGUAGUCCAUUUGUACAGUACUCAUUGUAACUACAAGUCCUCUGGCUCACCGAACCCUUGUCCGCUUCGCUCAUCUCAGUUCUCACCAACAGCCCCGUCUUCUUCUUCCUCCUCCUCCGGCACAUUUCAAUCUUCUUCCUCUGACCAGUGCUCCUCUCUCGACUGUCGCGAUUUUUACUUGGGUGCAUGCUCGCCAUUCUCUGACUCACGGUCACAAUUUUACGGUGCUUGCUGAUCUCGGUCACCCAAUCUUUGCUUCAACCUCCAGGUUGAUUUGAUUGAAGAGAUAGGGUGAAAAUGCCACGUCUUAAAAGAACGCGCAAUUGGCCUCUACUAUCGCAUGAAAAGUUGACCUCUGAAUCUCAACAAUUACACUCUCACCAUGAUACUCAGUUUCUCAGAACAUGCAUCAUAGAUUCCGCUCUAUAUGACCCAGCGAGGAAGCAAAGGGAAAUGCGAAUGAAGCAACAAUGUUCUGAAUUCACAGUGGAAGGUCAACGGCCACUUCCGAUGGAUGAAUAUAGGAAUGAACUCCUAGAUGAAGUUAAAUGUGCAUUGGAUCCAUAUGAAUUGGAGAUGGCGUCGGUUGUCUUGGAAGAUGGAGAUAAACUAAAUUUUUUUUUCGGUGUCAUGCCAGCAUAAAAAGUAAAAUAAUAUGUAUUAAGUACCUAGUGAGGCACAUGAAAAAAAAUGUUUCCAAAAGAAGAAAGCAAGGAUGAAUGAAAGGAAUUGGUUUAAAUGUUGUGAUAUUGUGACUUGUGUGAUGUAUGUAAUGUUGUGACUUGCAUGAUGUAAGUGCUGAAUAUUUAUGAGGGUGUGUGAAAUUGUCAUGUUGCUUA